CGGAAAGAACCAUUCGAUAACUUGGCGCUCGCGUGGAAAACAGAACACAUGUGUGUCGCAAUAGAAUGCAAUGUUUAUCCUGAUUUUUCAAUGUAACUGUUGACUAUAAUAGCUUGAGGAGUUUGCAGACAUCUCAAAAGCGACAUUGUCGACCAUAUCGUCGAAUGGUCAGAUAAUUGACGAUGAGGACAACUACUCCAGAAAAACUGGUCCAACUCCAGAAGAAUCAAUCCAACAUCCGCAACAUCUGUAUAUUGGCCCAUGUUGACCAUGGUAAAACCACACUUGCUGAUGCCCUGGUGGCCAGCAAUGGUAUCAUUUCCCAGAGGAUGGCUGGCAAGCUGCGAUACAUGGAUAGCAGAGAAGAUGAACAGACCCGUGGGAUCACGAUGAAGUCCAGUGCCAUCUCAUUGGCUGUCCAGAAAGACACACAGGAAUAUCUUGUCAACUUGAUAGACUCUCCAGGUCAUGUAGAUUUCUCCAGUGAGGUAUCCACUGCUGUUCGUCUGUGUGAUGGUGCAGUAGUCGUCGUAGAUGUGGUGGAAGGAGUCUGUCCUCAGACCCACGCUGUCCUGAGACAAGCCUGGCUGGAGAACAUCAAACCUGUACUUGUCUUUAACAAACUUGACAGGCUGAUAAUGGAACUGAAGAUGGACCCCCUGGAAGCUUUCUUCCAUCUACAAGUCAUUUUAGAACAGGUAAACCUGGUGACCAAUGAGUUGUUUACAACAGAAAUCAUGGCGAAAACAUCUAAUCAGGCUGAUGGCACAGGUCAGGAAUCAGAGGAGUCCAAGGCAGGGUCACAUGAUUGGACAAUACAGGCAGAUGAUGAAGAAGAGGAGAGGAACAUCUUCUUCUCCCCGACACAAGGCAAUGUGGUAUUUGCCAGUGCUUAUGAUGGCUGGGGUUUCACGAUCAACCAUUUUGCUGAUAUGUUUUCAAAAAAGUUGGGAAUCAAGAAAGAGGUAUUACAGAAGACUCUGUGGGGAGACUUCUAUCUGAACAGUAAAACCAAACGCAUCAUGAAAGGGGCUCAGUCCAAAGUCAAGAAACCACUAUUUGUACAGUUUAUCCUGGAGAACAUUUGGGCAGUAUAUGAAUCUGUCAGUGUUAAAAGGGAUGCUGAAAUGACAGAGAAGAUUGUAAAGUCCCUAGACCUGAAGAUCUCGCCACGAGACAUGAGACAUAAUGAUCCGCGUGUGAAGUUACAAGCCAUCAUGGGGCAAUGGCUAAGUGUGUCCAGGGCUGUAUUAGAUGUGGUUGUGGACAAACUGCCGUCACCGUUGGAGAUAUCUGAGGACCGUGUAGAGAAGCUGAUGUGCUCCCAAGGCCAGAGUUUCUUGUCCUUCCCCAAGGCCACACAGGAACUCAAAGAUGCCUUCAUCGCAUGCAGUACAAGUGACAACAGCCCUGUUAUCCUGUUUGUAUCUAAAAUGUUUCCUGUGGAGAGAAAGAUGUUACCACAGUUCAAACAAAGGCCACUAACUGAUGCAGAAAUACAACAGAGAAGAGAACAGGCACGUCGGCGCCAUCUUGAAAAAAUGUCCGGUUCCUCUGUUGUUGUUGAGCAGACAACAAAUAAAGAGGUGACAACCAGCCCAGGUACAGCAAUCUCUGGCGAGGGAGCCACAUCAGGUACCAACAGUGAAGGAGCCACAUCAGUCAAUGGCAUUGCUAUGGAUGUCAAAACUGCUUCCAAGGAUACCAAAGAGGAUGAGGCGCCUACAGUGUUUGUGGCGUUUGCGCGAAUUUAUAGUGGCACAGUGAAAAAGGGACAAAAGCUGUUUGUCUUAGGUCCUAAACAUGACCCCUCACAGAUUGAGGAAGGAGCCGUUCGUGUAGGCCAGUCUGUGGAGGACCUUGGGACUCGGGACCACAUUACAGCCUUCUCUGUGUCCGACCUCUUCCUGUUCAUGGGACGAGAACUAGAGCACAUGGAGGAGAUCCCUGCAGGAAACUUACUGGGGAUUGGAGGACUGGAGGACCACAUCCUGAAGUCGGGGACAGUAUCCAGUACUAUCAUGUGUCCAGCCUUCACUGACCUCUACUUCGAUGCUUCACCAAUCGUCAGGGUUGCUCUGGAACCCAAACAUGCAGGUGAAAUGGGACACUUAGUGCGAGGACUGAGGCUGCUGAACCAGGCAGACCCAUGUGUUCAGGUGUUGGUUCAGGAGACAGGCGAACACGUCAUUAUAACUGCUGGCGAGGUUCAUCUACAGAGAUGUCUGGACGACCUCAGACAGAGGUAUGCCAACAUUGAGCUGCAUGCAUCAUCACCUAUUGUACCUUUCCGAGAAACAAUAAUUAAUCCACCUAAAACGGAUAUGGUAAAUGAAGUCAUCCAGGAUCAGCCAAUCAAAACAGCCAAGACAAAAGAGUUUGAGGAUGAUGAGGAAGUGAUAGAGACAGGAUUGGUUGAGAUGUACACAACCAAUCAGAAAUGCUGUAUCAGAAUCCGAGCUUUACCUCUACCUGAUGCAGUUACCAACUUAUUGGAGGAAAAUGUGAAUCUCCUUAAAACUCUUCACAGAUUUAAUAAAGCAAAAGAUUAUGGACAAAACAGUGAUGUCAAGGACACCGUUUUAGAGGCUCUCAGCCAUCUCAAGUCAAGUAUAAGGAAAGCUUUCACAGAAGAAGAGAAAUCAUGGACUGACUUCGUAGAUAAAAUCUGGGCAUUUGGACCAAAGAGGGUCGGGCCCAAUUUGCUGGUGAAUCAGGUGGAAGGAUAUAACAGACCCUCUGUGUGGGACCUAAAGGGCUCAGAGAGACUCUUUAGGGAUUUUGACAGUAGUAUAGUUGGUGGUUUUCAAAUGGCAACCCUUGCUGGUCCACUGUGUGAAGAGCCCAUCCGAGGUGUAUGUUUUGUGAUAGAGAAAUGGGAAUAUAUUGACAUGUCUUAUGUUAGGCUUGCUAGGUUGAGUGAAUCUGAAGGUGAUACAAAAUUACCUGAAGAGAAUGGUGUACCAGCAUCCCUGAGUAGCUCGUUAGAAAAAACAUCAAUUAUAGAGGAUGUAGAUGAGAAGUGUGAUAACAGAGACAAAGAUGAUGAUAGUUGUGAGGUGAAGGAUGUUAUUAAGACCCAGAGGAGGAAGGAGUACGGGCCGUUUUCGGGCCAAAUCAUUUCCUGUGUGAUAGCAGGCUGUAGGAAAGCAUUCCAGACUCGUCCCCAAAGACUUAUGGUAGCCAUGUAUAAAUGUAACAUCCAGGCCACCACUGACGUACUGGGUAAGCUGUAUGCAGUGCUAGGGAAGAGGAAUGGGAGUAUCCUGGAGGGAGAUAUGACUGAAGGGUCCCAGAUCUUCAAUGUGGUAGCCACUCUCCCUGUGAUAGAGAGCUUUGGGUUCGCCGAGAACAUCAGGAAGAAGACGAGUGGACUGGCAAGUCCUCAGCUUGUGUUUAGCCACUGGCAGGUUCUGGACGUUGAUCCGUUCUGGGUUCCGACAACGGAGGAAGAAUAUCUCCAUUUUGGAGAGAAGGCAGACUCGGAAAACAAGGCUCGUCAGUAUGUCAAUGCAGUAAGGAAACGCAAGGGGCUGAAAGUGGACGAGAAGAUCGUGGAGCACGCAGAGAAACAGCGUACACUCACUAGAAAUAAAUAAUGGAUAGGAUAAAAAUCGUGUUUCAGAAUCUGUAUUGAUAAAGGAUCAGUACUUGUAAAUUAAUUUCAUUACAUUAUUUAUUCUGUAUUGAGGACUUUAUUAAAGUGUUAAUGCUUGAUCUUAUAUAAGUCUUUCACUAUUAAUGUUUUUCUCAAAGCAUUUAAAAGAUGAUACUCUUGUUGAAUUGUAAUUUAUGGAAUAAAUGAUUUUAGAUUUUUAUAGAA